AAUAAUAACGUUAACCUCUUCGUCGUUUCAGCUUGGGUAUGCGUUAUUGGCGUUGGUGGUGACACAGUCCGGCGGGCGAUAGAACCCCACAUGGCUCUUCUACCAUCACUCCGCUUCAGCUUUCGCAUCCUCAGCCACUUCUUCUAUUUGAGACCGCCACCACCACCCUUAGCUGCUUUCCUCCCGCUCUCGCACCCCACCACUCCCAAGUCCCUCUCUCUCUUCUCCACUCUCUCCCCCAGAACCCUUGUAAAACCCCAUGCCACCUCUAAACGCCCGAACAAAGAUUCACUCACCUUUGUUCUCAACAAAGACGAGCGCUUGGUGGGCACAAGCGGUAAUGACCGGGAUGAGAAUACGAGCGCAACGAUUGCGGCCAUUGUGACUUCGUUGGGUGGUCCGCCUGCUGCCGUAGGGAUCGUACGGUUGUCCGGCCCCUACGCGGUUGAUAUAGUCGGGCGCGUGUUCCGUCCGGCGAGAAGAAACAAAAGGAAGAGCCUGCGCCGUGGCUCGCCCGCUUGGCGGCCCGACAGCCAUGUCGUCGAGUAUGGCGUCGUUUCGGACCCUCAUGGGAAUGUGGUCGACGAGGUUUUAGUAGUACCGAUGUUGGCCCCAAGAUCUUACACUCGUGAAGAUGUGAUUGAACUUCAAUGUCAUGGAAGCGAAGUGUGUCUUAAUCGUGUGUUGAGAGCUUGUCUAGAAGCUGGAGCAAGGCUUGCAGAACCAGGGGAGUUCACUCUUCGUGCCUUUCUAAAUGGCCGAUUAGACCUUUCUCAAGCAGAAAAUGUGGGAAAUCUGAUUUCAGCUAAAUCAGUGGCUGCUGCAGAUGCAGCACUGGCAGGAAUUCAGGGAGGCUUCUCUUCUCUGGUGAAAUCACUAAGAACACAGUGCAUUGAGUUGCUUACUGAAAUUGAAGCUCGCUUGGAUUUUGAUGAUGAGAUGCCACAACUAGAUCUGAACCUAAUUAUGGCUAAAAUACAUGCCAUGUCUCGGGAUGUUGAGAAUGCGUUGGAGACAGCCAAUUAUGACAAACUUCUGCAAUCUGGAUUACAGAUAGCAAUUGUUGGACGACCAAAUGUUGGGAAAUCAAGCCUUCUUAAUGCAUGGAGCAAAAGUGAGAGAGCAAUAGUUACAGAAAUUGCUGGAACCACUCGGGACGUGGUUGAAGCAGGUGUCACAGUUCAUGGUAUUCCUGUAACCCUUCUUGAUACGGCAGGCAUUAGGGAAACUGAUGACAUUGUGGAAAAGAUUGGUGUGGAGAGAUCUGAAGCAGUUGCCAUGGGUGCUGAUGUUAUCAUCAUGACAGUAAGUGCUUGCAAUGGUUGGACUUCAGAAGACAGCAAACUUCUUGAUAGGAUUCAAUCUAACAAGAAAUCAAUUGGAUCUUCCUCCCCAGUGAUUCUUGUAGUUAACAAAAUAGACUGUGAUCCGUCUGCCCGAACCAAAUGGGUUUAUAAAGAUGGGGAUUCUUUCUGUAAGCAUGUUUUUACAUGUGCUGUUACUGGCGAAGGAAUACAUGAUUUGGAGAGAGCAAUAUUAGAAAUCGUGGGCCUCAACAGAAUUCCUGCAGGUGGACGCAAGUGGACUGUCAACCAGAGGCAAUGCGAGCAGCUUGUUUGGACCAAGGAAGCUCUUUCAAGGUUGAAAGCGUCAAUAGAGGAGGAACUGCCUCUUGACUUUUGGACAAUCGAUUUAAGAGAUGCUGCAUUGGCCCUUGGGCAGAUAAGUGGAGAAGACAUCUCUGAAGAGGUUUUGUCCAACAUAUUUGGUAAGUUCUGUAUUGGUAAAUAGAUAUUUCCAGUACGAAAUUUUGGUUUAUUUCUUUAUUUUCUUCACUCUUAUUCUAAAAAUAUUUAUGGCUAGUACCAGCAAUGAAUGUCAUGGUAGUUGCUAGGCUGAAGGGUUAGAGAUCAUAAAUGAAUGGGGUAUUUGUCAGGGAAAUCCACCCACUACUUUUGGACCUAUUGUGCUUAUGUUAAUAAUAGCAUUAUGCAUAUUCCUUAAUGCAA